AUGGCUCUCUCUCCUCAAAUCACCAACCUGGUCAUCAUCCUGGGUAUGAUGCAGGUCUCCAAGCGCGUUCCUUUCGAUGAUCCUUUUGUGCUCAACGUUGUCCGUGCCGUCUACCUUGCCAGCAACGUUAUCAUUGCUGGUCUCUACUUCUACACCCAGCUGAAGAUCAACAAGAAGAAGGACCUCACCACCCUCAAGUAUGUUGAGCCCGCUCCUAUGGGUUCCUCUGAGGAGGGCAAGCUCGUCACCACCACCAUUCACGCCUACGACAACGAGCAGAUCCGCACCGCUUUCCGUGGCCAGGCCAUGGGUAUGGCCAUGAUGGCCUUCAUGCACUUGUACAUGAACUACACCAACCCUCUUCUCAUCCAGAGCAUCAUCCCUCUCAAGAGCGCUUUCGAGAACAACAUGGUCAAGAUUCACAUCUUUGGCAAGCCUGCCGCUGGUGACCUCAAGCGUCCCUUCAAGCAGCCUGCCGGUUUCAUGAGCGCCAUGCAGGGUGGCCCUGCCCAGAGCGACAAGAAGGCCGUUGAGGCCGCUGAGCGUUCUGGCCGCGGUGGCGCCAAGGAGGAGUAA